AUGUUUCCAACACGAGCUCUCUUCAAGCGCUCAGUCUGGAAGGGUCCAUUCGUCGUUCAGUUACCAGUCCCUAUGACGGCGCCAAAACCGGGCGAACGUAUGCCGGCGAUCCAAACCCAAGCGAGAAGUUGUACGAUUGUGCCGCACUUUGUAGGUCAUAGGUUUCAAGUGCACAAUGGGAAGACGUACAACGAGUUCACGAUCACCGAGGAUAUGGUGGGACAUAAGCUGGGAGAGUUUUCGCAGACGCGGAAACCAUUCCAGUAUAAGAUGUCGAAGAACAAAUAG